AUCCGAAACCAAACCAAGACUUCGAGUCUGAUAAUUGUUCCGUUUUCUCAAAUCCAAUCGAAAAACACUUCAAAUGACAUUUUGGACACCAUUUGGACUCAAAUCCAAUCAAAACUUUCUUCCAUUCAUUUGGCGAACGAUUCUUCGCAACAAUUGGUGCAAAGUCUGCAGCGAAACGACGGCGCCGUCGGAAGCGCGCUCUCGUUGGCCGAGACGUGGUCUUUGGCGCGCUCUUGGAUUACCGCCCGACAAGUGAUUCCGCAAACGGUUCCGCAAUUGCAGCGCGUGUUGACUGCUCUGCAAACGGCAGCCAUUGUCGGGGCGGACGUCUCGCGAACGGGAACUCAACUCAAGCUGUUGUUGGAGUUGGAGGGCGGAGAGCGCGCGCUCUUCAAACCGCAGCGCUAUUCCCGCGAUCACGUGAUCCCAGGUAUGGACGCAAACAAACCAACUCUCGCUCAACAAUUCUCUUGUUUAGGCGUUUAUUCGGGUUUCGAUCGACACAACGGAGAGAUCAUCGCCUUCCAUUUGGCGCGUCUCCUCGACUUCCGCGUCGUGCCGAUUGUCGUCGCGCGGCGUCUGGACGUCGCCCAACUCAAGGCCAUCGCGAGCGCCGCCCUGAGCGCCACUUUUUCGCCGAACGGCACGUGUUUUUACGGCGAAUGCCAUUAUUGCUCGCCUUUCGCCACGGUUUGCGCCGACAGCGACGGCCGCGUCGAGGGAUCGCUGCACUUGUUGCUGCCCAGCAAAUACAAGUUACAACGCGUGCGCAACCCGUGGCAACGCACGUACCGCGCGGGAGUGCGCGCGACGUGGGAGACGCAAAGCGACUACUGUUUUGCGGUCGCGCAACGCCUGCCUCUGCGACCGCGCCUCCUGGACAUCGUGGACGCCUCUGUGUUCGACUUCCUCAUCUCCAACGCCGACAGACAUCACUUCGAGGCCUUCAAAGACGUUCCCAACAGCGCUCUCCUCCUCAUCGACAACGGCAAGAGUUUCGGCGAUCCGGACGCGCGUGAGCUCUCGAUCCUCGCGCCGCUCUACCAGUGCUGUGUCAUGAGGAACGCGUCGUUCGCGCGCUUACGACAACUGCACGCUCUGCCCGUCUCUUCAGCUCUGCACGCGCUGCUGGCGUCGGAGCCGUCGUGGCCGCUGCUGACGCCGCGCCAUCUGGCGGCCAUUGACACGCGAGUGCACAUAUUGUUGGCUUUAUUGGAAGUUUGUUUCGAAACGAAAGGAAAACAAAACGUUUUAAAAUGA